GAAGCUCGUCUGGAUUUAUUCACUCGGUGGCGGUGAAGAUGACCACGGCCCGGUACCGUCCCACGUGGGAGCUGGCCGUGGACCCCCUGGUCUCGUGUAAGCUGUGCCUUGGAGAGUUCCCUCUGGAGCAGAUGACCACCAUCACACAGUGCCAAUGUGUCUUCUGUACACUGUGCCUGAAGCAGUAUGUGGAACUCCUGAUCAAAGAAGGCCUUGAAACUGCAAUUAGCUGUCCGGACUCUGCCUGUCCCAAAAGAGGACACCUGCAGGAGAAUGAGAUCGAGUGCAUGGUGGCCACGGAGAUGAUGCAGAGAUACAAGAAGCUUCAGUUUGAAAGAGAGGUGCUGCUGGACCCGUGCCGGACGUGGUGCCCUUCCUCGACCUGCCAGGCCGUGUGCCAACUGAAAGAAGCAGAUUCUCCGGCUCUGCCCCAGCUGGUCCAGUGUGCUGUAUGUGCCCUCGAGUUCUGCUCGGCCUGCAAGGCCAACUGGCACCCCGGGCAGGCCUGCCAGGAGAACAACCUGCCCAUCACCUCCUUCCUACCAGGAGAGAACAGCUCUUUCUACAAGAACGAAGAGGAUGACGCACCAAUCAAGCGCUGUCCUAAAUGCAAAGUUUACAUCGAGAGGGACGAGGGCUGUGCACAGAUGAUGUGCAAGAACUGCAAACAUGCCUUCUGCUGGUACUGUCUGGAGUCCCUGGAUGAUGACUUUCUCCUGAUCCACUAUGACAAAGGACCCUGUCGAAACAAACUGGGCCACUCCAGGGCGUCUGUUAUCUGGCACAGAACACAGGUUGUGGGGAUCUUCGCCGGCUUCGGCCUGCUCCUGCUCGUUGCCUCCCCCUUCCUCCUCCUGGCCACUCCCAUCGUCCUCUGCUGCAAGUGCAAGUGCAGCAAAGGCGAUGACGACCCGUUGCCAACCUAAGCACGCCAUCGGAGUUGGAGCGGAGAGCCGCUCCAAGGAUGGGCCAUCUUUUUUUGUCCUUUUCACCCCUUUUUUUACAUUCUUUUCCUCCCACCAGCUUUGAGAGCUUCAUUUUUUUGGGCUGAGCCUGCACCAGCCUGAGCCGCUUUGGGAUCCAUCGCUCUGCAUGAGGGGAGGCGAGGUAGGAGAAGCGACCCCGACACGACGGGGCUGGAGAGAGGGUCGGCGGAGGUCAGACUUGUUUAGGGACCACUGUUUGUGGGGAUACGGAGGACGUCUGCACCACGUCAGCCGGCCUUUAGCUGCCGUGGCGUCGCAUUUUUAGCAGGUCUUUGAAAAGGAACGAAGAAGCGACGCUGAGAAACGCUUUUCUCUUGUAUGGACGGCGUCAUGCAGGAGCCACCUUUGGAAAGACCUUUUUACUUUCUCGCUGUGUUUCGUUGGUUCGUCGUACGCAACAAAAAGCUUUCCCCCACCGCCGCCGCCGCCGCCACACUCGAUGUAGCUCUACAGAUUCAGUCAGUAGCAUAAUAGAGUCGCACCACGCAUGUUUGGUGUUCACUCGAUUUGCACACGGAUCAUGACUCGUCCGUCAUGUCUGCGACUGAGGUAGAGAUGGGAGGCCACCGUCGCUCUCAGCUCGAUGUACAGCACGUCCUCCUGAUGAUGUCAAUGUUUUAUAAUCUCGCGCUUUUAAUAGAACCGUGCUCAGAGUAGUGUCUAUGUGUCGUACUUUAGAGUGUUUUCCAACUACGCAGACGUAUUAAAGGGGAUCGCCACUCAAAUCCCAUUUUUUUGUGUGUGUGUGAUAAAAUAACAAACAGUAACUAGAAUAACUAUGUUUUCAAAUCUUAUUUUUUUCCUCAUUAUUAUUAUUGAUGGAUUUUCUUUGAAAAACCUCCAGAUAGUUAUUAACAUACUUUUAUUUUGAAACUCGAGUGGCGCUCCCCUUUAAGUUCAGCAUCAAUUUAAAGUCUAUCGAACUUUGUAUCCACAUGUUGUGGAGCCAUUUUAAUACGUCACUUAAAAGAGAUGUCAGUCCUGUAAUUCUCAGUCCCUCGGUGGUGGUUUAGCCAAAUAGAAAUUACUAGCCUUAAAUUGAGAAUAGCCAAAAUCAGGCAUUUCCCCCCUUGUGCAUUAAAAAAAGAAAAAAAAAAAGUGAAAAGUUAAAUCCAAAUAAUCCCAGGGAAAGCAGGUUUAAAGGCAUUUUUAAAGCAUUACAGUCAGUGAAGCCCUUUAUAUUCAGAUGAUUCUAUGAUGUCAUCCAUAUGCCACUCUGUUAAUAGCCAUAAAAAUAAAAAAAGAAAGAAAAAAAACAAUCCUAAAGUGAUGUUCUGUGUAACCUAGGGCUUGUAUUUUCUGAGUCUCUCUGAGCAGGAGGAGCUGAUCCACAUCCUGAACCCGGAUCGGCGCUCCCGCUCCGAGAGACUUAACGAAUACCUGCUGGCCGAAAUUGCAAACUUGCAUACGUUAGUGGUCAGAGUGUCGAUGUUUCGUUUCGUUCUGUUGGUAGUUAGACCUCCAACAACAAGCAGCUAAUCCUUGCAGGGACGUCAGAAAAAAAUAUAUAUAUUAAAAAAAAAAAGAGAACUUUUGGGCACAUGAAUAUCCAGCUGCUCUGUACUAUAUCACUUUAUCUAUGCAAGUUUGUACAUUACCGUUCUUGUGAGGUUAUCGAUCGGUCAGAACAACCACGAGCUGCAGAAUGUCACGACACAUAUCAUGGCUUUAAUUUAAUCAGGGAACAGGUCAGCGAAUAUCCAUCACACCUUCAUCACACCUGUUAUUUAUUCGUCUUCGAGGUUCGCAGGACAGAAUUUGGCCUUUUUUUUUUUGUCUUUAUUUGUCCUAAAUUUCCUUUUUACAGUUAAUUAAUUUUAAAGAAAAGAAGGAAAAAGCAUUUUUAACCAUUUAUUUUAGGAAGGUCUUUCUGAUCGGUUUAAGUUUUGCCAUUCCAGUGUGUUGGAUAAGCCAUCAGCUCCAUCCCUUCCCCUCCUGGUGCGUCUCACCAGUGUUCAUGUAGCAUUUCAUGACAAGUGUGGCUACAGUUACCAAAAAAAACAACAACAACAACAACAACAAAGGCGGUCAGUAGUUAGCAAGAGUAGCUAAUCGAAGCUAAACAGUAGCUCAACAUCUGCAACUCCCACCUGUCGUUGCAAAAUUUAGCUCAGUGUGAUUCUAAUGAUUUUUAGUAGCCUUAAAGUUCCAGUGCUUUACCCGUAGCUUGCUUUCACUGACCUCACCUCCUGUACGAGCAUGACGGUUUGAUAUCGAAGCCAGAUCCAUUUUCUACCUUUUGAUGUUACGUUCUAUCCCUUAAAAGAAGAAAAAAAAAAAAGAAAAAGUUGUUGAAUUCCCGAAGCUUUCGUUGUUUUUAUGACAAUCGUGCCAAGCAGAUUUCCUGGAAGGGACGAGGAAACUGAGCUGUCUAACGUAUGUGCAUUUUGACCAUGUAUUUGUAACGUAUAACAGUUUUUACAGGGUGGAGAGAUAAAAAAAAAACACAACAGAUAUUUUAAUGCUUCUUUACGCUGCACUGUAAAUGGGUUUCAUUGUUUUACUUCUUGAUAUGAUCUGUGACGUGUGUGGUUUGGUGCCUGCUGUUUUUAAUGGAGGAAAAAAAAAGAAAAAUCAAUGUCAGCUCAACAGAAUACAUAGAAUUGUACUUUUUAAGACGUUUUUUCUCAAUUUGAUGCAUCAGGGGUCAAGAAUAAAAAGAGUAAAAUGUUCAAUUAAACACCAAAACAUGGUCAAAGUGUGGAGCAGGCGCCGGUUUUGGCCGCUUCUUUACCGAACAGGUUAUGCAACGAACACAAGGGCCAAACAGGACACGCUCCGAUCGCUGCAGCGUCACAUCCUCACUCGUUCUUCAGGGUCACGUUACCGCAUCACACGCAUGAAUCAUCGGCGCAGGUGUCGGAGGACGGGAUUGUUUGAGUUCUGAUGUUGAACUUUUGUUUUACUAAAAGAUCUACUUUCCCUUCAGAUUCGUUUGGGUUCUGAGCAGCGGUUUAUAUUUUUUGUGUCCAGAGAUGAAGCUGCAUGAUUUUUCUCUGACUUCUACAUAUUCAAUAUUACAAUACUGUAGCCUCUAAAGAUCUUUGGAAUGGUAGCUUUGACAUCAUUCGGUCGUCUGGUGUUUGUUUGUUUGUUUUCUUCCAUUUUCUUUGUUUAUAAAAUGCGUUUCGAUGUUCAGCCAUAUAACACACCAGCCUGCCUGUGUUCAGGAGGCCGGUUUCAUGUGUCUGUUUCUGUUUUUUCUUUUCUUUUUUACACUCAUGUUACAUCCUAGUUUGUGUAUUUGUAUUAUCUGUUUAAAAGAGCGGAACUCUGAUUGGUCGAUCGGUUAUUGAUUAGUGAUCAGUCGCCUCGGUGAAGUGGAGGAACUGUUGUCUGUACGCAACAUUUUAGAGAAGUUAAAACCGGUGUCUCUAAGUGAAGCGACCACGAUACCGGCAUAUUGUAAGAUGGCAUAUUUGAAUCAGUUCUGUACAACGUUAGACUCGGCAUCUCCGUAUAUCUACAGCUCCACUAACACUGUGACACCAGGUAUUAAAGGUUGUUGUUUUUUGUGA